AUGUCGGCCGUCCGCUCACUGGCAACGGUGUCAUCCUCCUCAUCGUCACCCCGCACUCUUCUCCUCACCCUCGACGCCUUCGGAACUCUCUUCUAUCCGCGCCCGCCCAUCCCCGAACAAUACGCCGCGAUUGCCCACGACUUCGGGCUCUCCCGCACAGUCACCGCAGACACCCUCAAACCAGCCUUCAAGGAAGUAUACCGCGCACAAGCAGCCCGCUACCCGAACUAUGGGCGCGCCGAUGUCCUCCGUCAGCGAUAUGGUGGGCCGCGGCAGUGGUGGGAGGAGGUGAUACAGGGGAGUUUCAGUCGCGCGUUGAUCAGCGCGCAACCUCAACAAACGCCAGAUAAGACGCCAUCCAAGGAAGAUGCGUCCGCACAUCACAACAACAACAACAAUAAUACCUUGGAUCUGCCCGCGGGCAUGGUCGACGUUCUACUGGAUCGCUUCGCGGGGGACGGCGGCUACGCACUGUACGACGACGUCGCGCCCUUCUUUGCGCGCAUGCGCCAGAUCAAGUCCGCAGCGGCGGAAGCACCAUUCGACCGCGUCUUGCUAGGAAUCAUCUCGAACUCGGAUGACCGGGUCCCUGCCGUGCUGAAGGCGCUCGGCGUGCGCGUGGGCGAUGUGCGCGCCGACCAGGAUCUGUCCAGUAUGGAGCUGCCCGGGUUCGAGGAGCGGCGCGGCGGCGGCGCGGGGGAGCCGAUUGUGCCGGCACACGAGCAGACUCUUGUUCGCGACCUCGAUCUGGACUUUGUGAUUACUAGCUACGAGGCUGGUGAGGAGAAGCCCAGUCGGAAGAUUUUUGAUGUUGCGAAACGGCAGGCUCAGAGGUUGGCUUGCUCGUCUUCUUCCGCGCAUACCUCGACCCCUGCGAGUGCGGAUGGUCCCGAUAACUGGGUCUGUGUUCAUGUGGGAGAUGACUAUGCGAAAGAUUAUCUUGCAGCCAAAGAUGCGGGCUGGGAGAGCUACCUGCUUCCUCGAAAUUCGGGAGAUCAGCAUUCGGAUGCGAGGACGAUCCAUUCGCUGCUAGAUUUGGCCGAGAAUCUCAUACAGGCUGGCCCUAGAUGA